CUUGUGCCGAUGUGCCGCUGUCGAACUGUCAGUGUUUUGCAAGUCCACAUGUGCAACAUCGCGUUCCAGACUGGUACCCGGAUUUCCUUGCGACCUGGCUGCUAACCCCCACCGCUGACUGCAGGAUUUCACGCUGCCGCUACGACUUCAUAGACGUGCCCGAACCUGCCUGAGGCGGUCAUUUACAGAAUUUACAUUAGUAAUCUGACUCCGAGUCAGUCAGAACUCCAAGUGAUCAACAUUGACCAAAGACCAUGGACUUUACAGAAAUCUACAAACAAUCCGGAAACCUUGCGUCGUUUAGCCCAGGCGCUCACUUCAUUCUCAACGUCGUCGAAAACACCUUGAUCGUCAGGCGAACGGAUACUCUACAGAUUGCGCGCACAUGGACAGUCACCGCGCCUUCCAGUACAGCUAGCAUUCUAACCAACUCAAAAUCAACACCAUCAAGCUUGGAUGUUUCCUCAGAAGGGUGGAUAUCUCAUGCUGGUUGGUCGUGCGACUCCGAAUAUCUCUUCGCUGCAUCCGCGAAGAAAGGCAUCGUAGAGGUUUUCAAGCUUAGGGAUGAAAAUUGGAAUGCCCGAAUUGAAGCUGGUGUUGAAGGCCUCCUCAAAGCUGAGUGGGCACCGGACGGUCGCCAUAUCCUUUGUUUUUCUCAGUGGGGCCUUCGAGUCACCAUUUGGUCUCUAGUCACGGGCAAUGCUACUUACAUACAGUUCCCAAUACACCCCGACAGAGGUUACGCUUUCCGUUCUGAUUCCCGCUACUUUGUCUUGGCUGAGCGACAUAGGUCAAAAGACGCCAUAGGUGUGUAUGACACAACUGACGGUUACAAAUUAGUGCGGCAUUUUCCCGUACCAACGUCCAAUCUGUCAUCACUGGCUUUAUCCCCGACUGGUAAUCAUAUCGCCAUUUGGGAGGGUAUUUUGGAGUACAAAUUGCAUAUCCUGUCUCUGGCCGGAGAUGUGCAAGGGACUUUUUCACCCAAGCCAAAUCCGGGGUUUGGUGUUCGUAAUGCAGCUUGGCAUCCUACCGGAAUGUUCCUUGCUGUAGCAGGAUGGGACGACAAGGGCCUUACUUGGUCUGUCGCUGCAACGCUCGAGUUGUCAAGUAAGAUACCAGUUGGCGCUACACUAUGGCGCGAACCGUCAAACUGGCUUGAAACUACGCAAGGUCGAGGAUUUCUGUCUUAUGAACGACUACAAGGGCCACAAACAAUCAGCUUGCAGCGCACAGAUCCGACGAAGUCAAACCCAAAGUCGGGUGCAGUCCAGCUUGAAUGGAAUAAGACUGGCACGUUGCUGCUAGUGCGGUUUGAAAACUGCCCCACGGUAGUUCAUUUGUACGAUUUUCCAGCAUCGUCGGAUCCAUUCGUUCCCCGGCUACGUUGUGUUUUUCAACACUCGAAGUCAGUCCUGCAUGCACAGUGGAAUCCAGUCCGUAAAGGCAGCUUGGCCCUGUGCAGCGGGAGUGGUAGCAUUUACACAUGGAGUGACGAGUGGAUUGGAGAGAACGGGGUAGAGGAAGAUAUGGCGGAGUGCAUCGGUGUACCAGCGAACACAAAAUUUGACACAAGAGGUAUCAAAUGGGCUCCUGACGGGAAAGGGCUGGUGUUGUUAGACAAGGAGGUGUUUUGUUGUGCGUUCGAGGUGGAAGAAGAUGGUACUGAAAGCUGACAGUUUUGUUAUAAUAUAUGGCCUUCACUGUUUAUCUCACAUGGUUGCUUUGAAAGGCUACUAAAAUUAGCACUUGGCGCUGCACGGUCAUCCUAUCGCGUCACUGCCGUCGACGACGCAGGCCAACGGCAGAAACCGUUCAAAGGGCUGACAUAAUCA